AUGAACCAUUUUAGAGCUUGUGGUAGAUCAAUUAACCUCCUACGCCGACUUUCCACCCCUCUCCCCACCUCUUCGCUCUCUGCAAAGUCCAGCCCUUUCUCUCUAGCUGUCCAACCGACCACUAUCCGACGCACCAUGGCCUCCGCAAUGGCAAAGCGCCUCGAGGGCAAGACUAUCGUUAUUACCGGCGCUUCCUCCGGUAUCGGAAAGAGCACGGCCCUGGAGUUCGCGCGCACCUCGCCCAAGAACCUGAAGCUUAUCGUGACGGCGCGCCGUAUUGACGCACUGAACCAACUCGCUGCUGAGAUCAAGGCGGAAGUUGGUGAUGGUGUCAAGGUGCACCCGGUCAAGCUGGACGUUAGCAACCCGGAGGAGAUCAAGAAAUUCGUUCCCUCUCUGCCAGAGGAGUUCAAGGAGAUCGAUGUCCUUGUCAACAAUGCUGGUCUCGUCAAGGGCGUUGCCCAUGCUGGCGACAUCGCCACCGAAGAUAUGAACGUCAUGUUCAACACCAACGUUACCGGUCUCAUCCACAUGACCCAGGCUGUUCUCCAAAUCUUCAAGAAGCGACCCGAGGGCGGCCGCGGUGACAUUAUCAACAUUGGAAGCAUUGCUGGCCGUGAUCCCUACCCCGGUGGAGGCAUCUACUGCGCCACCAAGGCGGCCGUCCGCUCCUUCACCGAGUCGAUGCGCAAGGAGCUUAUCGCUACACGGAUUCGCAUCAUUGAGAUUGACCCCGGGCAGGUUGAGACUGAGUUUUCUGUUGUGCGAUUUUACGGUGACAAGUCCAAGGCCGACGCUGUUUACAAAGGUGUUGAGCCUUUGACCGGCGAGGAUAUCGCCGAGGUUGUUGUCUUCGCUGCCGGGCGACGGGAAAACGUCGUCAUUGCGGAUACUCUGGUCUUCCCCAACCACCAGGCUGGCGCCGGUACUAUGCACCGCAAGUCAUAG